CCGAGCAGUGAGAGGUGGUUGGCUCAGUUCUCUCGCAUUUAUGCGAAGGCGCGCGAGCACCUUUGGGCGCUCCGGGUAUGGUUCCUACCGAGCCACUUGGUGGGCCGCCCAGGUUGGCCUGCAGCUUUCGAACGUUCGCACCCCGAACCCAGAGCGCACGCGCCCGCGCGCGCCCGUGUAGAGUGCCUGCGCCACAGUGGUCGCAUUUUGUCCUCCUAUGUGCAUCAGCAGUCCAUAGCGUCGUGUGUUCGUCGAGCGGCGUCGUGGUUGGAGCACGCAACCUGGU